AGAACCGACCUUGACCCACCGAUAAUAAAUUUACAAAAAAGCCCCAAAACAAACAGGCUCUUCUCCUCUCGUCUUCCUCUCCCCAACCCGUCGAGACCAUCCUUCCCUUCUUCCCUCCUCGCCAGAGGAGAGUCUCGCUAGCUAGGGUUUCCACCAAUGGCGGCGCCCACCACCUCCCGCCGCGGCCCCGGCGGCGCGCGCAACAUGGACGAUGAAAACCUCACCUUCGAGACCUCCCCGGGGGUCGAGGUCGUCAGCAGCUUCGACCAGAUGGGCAUCAAGGACGACCUCCUCCGCGGCAUCUACGGCUACGGCUUCGAAAAGCCCUCCGCCAUCCAGCAGCGCGCCGUCCUCCCCAUCAUCAACGGCCGCGACGUCAUCGCGCAGGCCCAGUCCGGCACCGGCAAGACAUCCAUGAUCUCCCUCACCGUAUGCCAGAUCGUCGACACCGCCGUGCGCGAGGUGCAGGCUUUGAUUCUCUCGCCUACUAGGGAGCUUGCUUCCCAAACAGAGAGAGUUAUGCUGGCUAUUGGUGACCACCUCAACGUCCAAGUACAUGCUUGCAUUGGUGGAAAAAGUAUCGGUGAGGAUAUCAGGAGGCUCGAGAAUGGGGUGCAUGUUGUCUCGGGAACUCCAGGCAGAGUCUGUGAUAUGAUCAAGAGGAGGACCUUGCGAACAAGAGCCAUCAAGCUUCUAGUUCUGGAUGAAGCUGAUGAGAUGUUGAGUAGAGGUUUUAAGGAUCAGAUUUAUGAUGUCUACAGAUAUCUCCCGCCAGAACUUCAGGUGGUUUUGAUCUCUGCAACUCUUCCUCAUGAGAUCUUGGAGAUGACUAGCAAGUUCAUGACGGAACCAGUUAGAAUCCUUGUAAAGCGUGAUGAGCUGACCCUGGAGGGCAUCAAACAAUUUUUUGUUGCUGUUGAGAAAGAGGAAUGGAAGUUUGAUACUCUUUGUGAUCUUUAUGAUACACUCACCAUCACACAAGCUGUUAUUUUCUGCAAUACUAAGAGAAAGGUGGAUUGGCUUACUGAAAAAAUGCGCAGCAAUAACUUCACAGUAUCGGCUAUGCACGGUGACAUGCCCCAACAAGAAAGGGAUGCCAUUAUGGGCGAGUUCAGGUCCGGCGCAACUCGUGUGCUAAUAACUACGGAUGUUUGGGCUCGAGGACUGGACGUCCAGCAGGUUUCACUUGUCAUAAAUUAUGAUCUCCCAAAUAAUCGAGAGCUUUACAUCCAUCGCAUUGGUCGCUCUGGUCGUUUUGGACGCAAGGGUGUGGCGAUCAAUUUCGUGCGCAAGGAUGACAUCCGUAUCCUGAGAGAUAUAGAGCAGUACUACAGCACGCAAAUUGAUGAGAUGCCAAUGAAUGUUGCUGAUCUUAUUUGAGCAACCGCUCCUCGCAAGGUUUGGCUUGGUGUGGCGGUGAGAAGUGGACGAGAGGGGCUUUGUAAUCUGAGUGGAGCAGAGAUUUGUUUGUUUACUUUUUUGGUGACGGCUUGAACUGUAUGUAUAUAUAUUUUAGCAUGCUCCAGCUCAUGUAACACUUUUUGGGAGACCUAUGUUGGUGGCUUAUUGUGACAAUGACACGGAGAACUGUGCUGCUGUGAA